ACAGUUUUAAUGUGAAUUUACGUUGGAUUUGUCCUACGAUUAUUAUCUUCAAACAGAUUUUUUUCAGUUUUAAACAUGUGUACAGACAACGGGAUUCUGAAGGAGACGAAUACGACACAUUGUAUGGGCAGGUUUUUCCAAUUAAUCAUAUUUUUUUCUCAAUUAAAACUAACUUUUAGUUUGUUACAGUAAGGUAAAGCUUAUUUGAAAUGCAUAUCAUUCAAUAGUGUAUACAUGGCUUAAAAGUGCAAGCGAUAAAUUAGUUUGUAUUUUAUUCUGUACGCACAUGUGUUUUCAAAGAGGAAGUAAUGUUGACAGCCUUCCUAUAUAAGGAAUAUUAGCCCCGCCCACCUACCAAGGCAGAAGUCGAACACACAAGUGGACAAUGACCAGCUCAGAUAAUAAGGAUAUGAUGUACAACAGCUGGCAACAAACAGUGUACCAACCCGUAGCCACGCCACUGGUACUACCGGCUAGCCUCGCCAAACAUCCUCAGCAAUGGAGCAAGCAUGAAGUGGGCGUGUGGCUCAAGUGGUGUUCGGAGGAAUAUAGCAUCGACCACAUACCUCCGGACAAAGUCGACAUGAACGGUAAAGCGCUAUGUCUACUAGGUCGGGAGGACUUUAUGGCAAGGAUCCCAAAAAAUGGCGACCUUUUAUAUAACGCCUUACAAAAACUUAUACAACGAAACCCAGCAAACCUAGUCUGUUCGCCAGUGCCCACCUACCAUCCGUCCCUUCUCCCACCCGUCAGCACCAGCUUCUCGACGGCUGCAUACCAGCAGACCAGGGGAGAUAAUAAUCACAACGCCGGACUGAUCGUCUUAAGCUCCUCUGAUUCUGCGCAGCCUACGACAACGCCCUCCCCCGCUCGUUUGGGACACCAACAACGCUCACUGGUCCCAAUUUUACCUCAGCCGCCUAAGACAUCGCCCCUUCAUCACCAUAACACCAAUCAAUCCACGACUACUUUACAUCAGAAUGACAUAUCAUUACCGCCUACAUCCGUACCAGGUAGAGUAUUAAGCCCGGCCCCCACGAUAGCUGACACCGACAGUGCAUCUGAUGAGGACCCAGUGACAGACCUUGACGAAUGCGAGAAACUGGCUGAAGAGAGUAACUUGUGUGACAGCAUGGCAUUUUCUCCUAACAUACCGUCAACACUACCGACGGGGGACACGACCCUAUCACAUACACUCAUGCUCCGCAAACAGGACUCCGAGUGCCGUUUACUGUGGGAGUUUAUCUAUCAGCUGCUACAGAAUCCACACCAGUACAGUAACUAUGUGUGCUGGGAGAAUACACAGGAUUACGUGUUCCGGAUAAUAAAUCCUACAGGACUGGCCCAGCUAUGGGGCCAUCAGAAAAACCGUACUAAUAUGACUUAUGAGAAACUGUCCAGGGCUCUCAGGUACUACUACAGAAUGAAUAUCAUCAAAAAGGUUUCUGGUCGGCGUCUUACAUAUCAGUUUCUUCAAGCUCCGUCCAAAAUUCAAAAAGGUCAGAGAGGUGCUAAACCACACAGUAAGACAAUUUCACCACCACAUACGCCAGUCAAGCAUGAAAUCGAGGAAGAGGAGAGUUCCGAAAGGGUAGAGGAGGUGGAUGAACGAUCACAAACAUCACCCAACAUUCCGUCAAUUAUCAAGUCAGAAUAUCAACCAAGUGAUCCUUCACAUAAUAACUUCACUAACCAUUAUUGUGAUUUCCCAUCAGGACUUUCAUUCAACAACGGGUUUAUUAAUAUCCCUAAAAGUGUACAUCAACAUAGUGAUGGGGGGUUAAUGAGUGGAUUCCGGCUUACAGAUAGUACUGAUCUCAUUGAUAAAAGUAGAGUAAGUCCGAGUAAUUCUGUAUGUCUUGAAGAUGUUCCGAAAAUGUUCCAUUCAGGCAGUGUAAAAUCUGAAGGAGGAACCUCGUCGAGAAAUUCUCCAGUGAUUGAAGAUUCAGAAACAUCAGUGAAGACGGAAGUUCAGAACGAGCCCGAAGAUUUGUCUAUGAAUACAUUAAAACGUCAGUACUCGCAGACUUUCCCUGAUAAACUAGACGAAAGUGUUGUGAAACUUCAAAGAGACAGCCAUGGUAAACGGUUACCAGUCAAAGCGCUAUUCAAACAACUCAGCUGACGGCAACAAAUGAUGCAUUGACACAUCGGUAUAUGGACGGUAGCAGCUGUCCCGUGGAUUCAUGUUGAAUUAUAUAAGGAUUUAAAUUCAUUCCAAACAAAAUUUUGAAUAAACAUUGUUUUUUUAUUUUAACAAACAUUUGAAGGUAUUCAUGAUUACGGUAUAACCGUGGAUUCAAAUUAUUUCGAAAGUCUCGUAAAAGAAACGUUCGAAGAUACUCCAUAUUAACAUAUAGCAGUCGGGUAUUAAAUUCGUUGUAUUUAUUUUCGCUGUUCCUUACCAAUCACAUAUACACCACAAUCAUAUCGCGAUAUGAAGUAUAUUGCUUGUCAGAUUCAUUAUACAAUAUAAGCAAUUUCAAAGCAAGCUUGGGGAGAAAGAAUUGCUUUAGGAAUUUCCUUACAAAAAGUGAAAUUCAAAUCAUACCGCAAAAUCAUAUUUCGUUUGAAUGAUUUGUUGGAGAGAUUGCGUACUAAAUUUGCAAAACUAAUCUCUUAAUGUUAAUGAACCUUAUCUGAUAUAUUCUUUGAAAUAAUAUUUAAUCUAGUAACAUUACUCUGGCAAAGAUGUGAUGGUUCAUGGAUAUGGGCAUUUCAGCUGCAUAGUCCAAUAGUUAGCCUUUGUAGCUGUGCGGUUGAGUGUCGUGCCCCUGUGUAACGACGUUAAGCAAGGUCGAGCUAUGCACGUCACAUUUGGUGACAGCGAACGGGCCUGAUAUCCUGUAGGGUGCCCUCGGACAGCAUGGGAAGCACAAUGUUUUCCUGAUAUAAUUCGUGUGAUUUGUUAUUCAAGGGAGGUAAAUCCCAUAUUAUAUAUACAUUUAUCUAUCAUAUUGAAAUAAUAAAGAUAGAAUAAAAAGUCUGUUCUUAGGUAUUCUAUGACUAGAACAUCCGUCAUUUAUUCAGAAUUUAUAUAAAAUCAUUUCUCAACAGCCAUGGUAACACUUCAGAUGCAGAUAUACGAGUAUUUGGUUAACAUUUCCGUAUGCUGGGUUCAUUAUUUUGUUGUUUAUCUCGGAAGUUUAAAGUCUCUUGAAAGAUGAACUCUCUACCUGUUACCUGUGUCGGUUUGUGUUUCUCGGGAAGCUGAGAAACGGGCUGGUCUGUGCCACCGAAAUUGUGUCAAUGGGCAAGGUACUGUACCCUUACAUUGCUAUGGAUAGCAUGCGACGGGCCUCUCAUAUGUUGUUCAGAGAGGUCAUCACCAUGCAACUCCUACCCCGCCUCAAAAUGACCCUGGCUGUUCACGGGGCGAUAAACACAGCAUUUAAAUUUAUUGUUAGUAAUAUUUGAUUUAAUUAUAAUUUGAGAUUUGAUUUUAAAAAGGCGAAUUCAUGAUAUGGAAUUAUCUUUAUGUUGGAGUUUUUGAUUCAUUCAUGCCUUUCGGAUCAUUUUAAUAUAUUUUGAUAUGGCUAGUUUUCACUUACCGCUGGAAAUAAAUUUCACACUCCUGACUUAUCCCAUAAAUAAAUCAAUGCUUAUAACCAUGAUAUGUAUAUAAAGGUAUGUUUAUCUACAAAGCUUUUUCAUGAGAAAAAUUUAGAAAAUACACUGUAAGACGUGUACAAAAAUGAAAUGCAAUUAGUAUAACAUAGAGUAGGCUAAGUUGUUAAACGAAGAUUUUUUAUGUUCUUAUUUGUGUUCAUAAAACCCACAAGAUAAACAUACUAGUUUUAGAUCAAACAGGCGACACACAUUCUACCAUAUGUUACAACAAUUACACCCGGUAAACAUUUAGAAGUAAAACUCAUCCGGCAUAAUCAUCCAUGGAUAACUCUGUUAUUGUAUUAUUAUCAUUUAAGCAUUGGUGUCAAUAUUUUUAUAAUGUCGUUUUCAAAUUGUUUGCAGACUGUAUUAAUCCGCGUAGCAGAUUCUUACAAAAGUUUGCAAAAAUACAGUUCAUACUCCUAUGCAACUUAACAAAUAUUGCAAUGCUUAUAAUCAAUUUCUGAAACUGUAUGUCAAAUUGAAAACAUGUUUUAUGUACAAUUUUACUUAUUUAAUCAGGGACUAUUUUGAAGAAAAAAAAUCAAUAUGCGAUGCCAAUGGUCGUAUUGUGACUUCUAUUUCUAGCCCUUUACUUUUUUCAUGGAGGUAUGAAAUGAAAAACUCAACCAAUUAGAAAGCUGCAUUCUGCAUAGAAAUAAUGGAAAUCAAUUUUACAAAUGUUAAGUAUGAAAGUGUGUAUAUGUGCUAUGUUCUCGAGAAUGUUCAUGGGAAUAUGAAGUAGAUCGUGAUCGUAUGUAGUUGUGUAACAAUUAAUGGUGAUAUAAAAUUACCGUUGACACCCGUGGACACGUCUUUCUAUAAUCUAAACCAUUCAUGAGAAUAUCUAAUAAUUCAUCUUCUUAUAUUCCCAUAGCUUAAAUUCGUUUUGAUACAAGAAGAAUUUAUAUUAAGAACAUCAGGUACAAUGUCGAUCCUGUUAGUAAUAUAAACGAGAUAUUUUAAUAAAGAAGUCAUAUUACAUAUGAUUUGAGGAAAUAGUUGGUGAUGUUGGAUAUUUGAUUUCGCUAUAUUAGCAGUCAUUGAAUAUAGCGCGAAAAUAAAUACCGAAUAUACACUGAAA